UAAAGGAUUUACAAAAAUCUAGGUCUCUGGAAUUACCUGGGAAACCUGAGAGAAGUAAAUAGGGUGGAGGUCUUAUAGCUGUGCUGGUGGAGACUUCAGAAAUGAACUGAAGAUGUGACAAAAGCCAUUGUGUCUACCUUACUGAUGUGAAAGACUAAAGGUAGCUCCCAUUGGUGAGAUAUCAGACAUGACAAAUUGAUAUUUUUGAAAACUUGUUUCUGCUUUGCUAAUGAAGUGGUAGAGAUUUGUAAAAUUACAAAACAAUUAUAUUUCAAGUUAAAAAGAGGAUAGAUUUUUACCACUUUUUACUUUGAAAGGAGACAGGUUAUUUACAUCUUCUUUUCUGCUUUUCCUGUGAAUUCAGUAUGAGGACAGGAUCUAGCAGUUCCACACUAUUUUAAGCAAAGUUCACAGGGCAGAAUGGAGGCCGUAAGACUCAUUAAAUAUCCACCCUAAUAUUUGAACUGUCUCAUUUCCAGCAUGUCCCUGCAUUUAGGCAAUGAAGUGUUUGAUGUGUACAAAGCCCCGCUGCUGGGCAAUUACAUCCACCUGUUUAUAAGAGAAGACACUGGUCUACAGGGACAAGCCGUCUUUAAAUCCAAACUUACCUUUAGACCUCACUCUAGAGACAGUGCCACAUACAGAAAGAUGACCCUGCCACUUGCUAAUAGAAGUUCAAAGACACAGAAAAUUAGAAUCUUACCAAUGGCGGGUCGUGAUCCUGAAGGCCAACACACAGAAGUGAUGAAGAAGAAAGAAGAACGCUUGAGGGCUUCCACUCAUCGGGAGUCUCAGGCAAUCCAUCUGCGGGAGAAGCACUACAAGGAGGGGUCAAGUGUCUCCUACCAGGACCCUGGCAGUGACAGUGCGGAGGAGGAAGGCAAGGACAGCUUCAGCCUGGCUGCUAUUAAAAAUUAUUAUCAAGGUGAACUCCAAGGUAAACCUUCCAGAAAGAGGAAAGCAGAGCAUGAAGAGGAAGAAGAUGAUAUAAAGCCCUAAAAUGUGCACUCAUUGUAUUCAAUAGUUUGUUUUAAAACAAUUAUGAAAUGACUUGUUUUAAUUGAAGUUGAGUUGCUUUUGCAUAAUCCAGUUGUGAAUAAAAAGUUUUCAAAAGCAA